AUUUAGUUUUCAACAGCAGAGAUUUGUAUAAACCUUAUAGAACAUAAAGAGUGAACAACUGGAUAGCGUCUCUAGCAACCGAGCCGAACGAUCAACCAGCUUGGGUAGCAACCCUAGAUUUGUGUCAAGACUAUAUCUUGUGGAAGAAUGAAAUGGUAUGAAUAAAUUAAUCAAAAUAAUGUUUUUAAUGAAAAUAUGUCAAUCAUUAUUUGAAUAUGUUGGUAACCCGUGUGUGUGAUAAUAGGUGAUAAUGCCCUUGAAACCGGUGUUUUGAAGGAUAUAUUGGCACAAUUUGCUAACACCCCUGCCAAUAUAUACCGCCUUCUGGCAUUAUCACUUAAUAUUAUGUCCUGUGUGCUUUAUAGCCGAUAGCCUGUACUAUCAGUUGAAACAGGCUCUCUGUUUCCAUGUGAGUGGUGGAGGUUGACUUUGUUCUCUGUCACAGUUAGAAUCAGGGUGGAGUACCGUUUCCUCCCUUGUUUCCCAGAACCCUCCCCCCUUUCCUCUGUCCGAGUCACACAGCUGCAGACAGCCUACACACACCGGACCUCCACUCACUCUUCAGGCACGCUUUUGAAGAAGAAAAUGGGUAUAGGAAGGAUCCAUUUGGUCACCUUUCGAAUCUCCGGUAUAAGAUCAACUGUAUUUCCUGCUACCAGCUGAAUGGAGUGAAUGUGCUGCCAUGUGUGUUUCUGGUAGUAUCAGUCAGUCAACCCACUGUGGAUCUGGAGUGUGUCGGCCCAGCACAGCCAUCAUUUAUCCUGCUUGAGUGGAUUUUAACUGACCUGCCUGCCUGCCGUGCUCUCCUUGUCAGAGGCAAACCGUUCUGCCAGAGCCUGCUGUGCCUGUGUGUAGGAGAACCAAGGAGGUGUAUGUGUUACAGACAACUGCGUUUAGCAACUCAUUCUUUGGACAUAGUGAACUGAAUCCACUGGUUUUUGUAACUUCCCGAAGAGAUGGCUGUACAUGGUUUGGACCUGGCCUCUGGACUUUGAUGUUUUGUCCGUAUGUGGCUUAGUAGCCUUCUGUGGGUCUCUGCACUGUUACAGCCGACCCCCGCCCCUCCCUGCCUAGGGUGUUGGGAUCGACUAGGGACAAGUGUUUGAGUUUUUGAACACAACCUUCUGCUUCCUCAUGGCAUGCUGCCUCAAGUCCCACCACCAUGGAAGCUGGACCCUGACCUCUCACCCAGUUGAUGAAGUUGACCACCUGCACACCACGACGGAGGGAGAUGGGGACAGCACCCCUCUCCCAUUCAAGGGCAAGGGCAAGUUCUCUACCCUUGGCAAGAUCUUCAAACCAUGGAAGUGGAGGAAGAAGAAAAGCAGCGAGAAGUUUACGGAAACUUCAGAAGUUCUGGAGAGAAAGAUGUCGAUGAGGCGACCGAGGCAGGAGCUUAUAGAACAGGGAGUGCUGAAGGAGCUCCCGGAGAAUGAAGGGGACGAUCUUCACAGCCCCAAGCAGCCCUACGUGAAGAAUGGCCACACCCUGCCCAUGGGUGGAGGUGGUGGAGGGGGCAGAGGGCAGGAGAACCAGACAAGACCCCCCUCAGAGUCUGGGGUGAACCCCUCAGACUUUAAGAUUAACCCAGCCUGGCUGCCCCAGCCAGAGGACCGCAGGGUCCGCUUCCCCCCGGAUGUAGACCGCCAUGGGGACCAGGGUGGCCCCAGAGGGUCCGGACAUCAGGAGGAGGGCCAGCGAGGAGGUGGAGGACGGUCCCAGGGGGAGGGGAAGUCUAACAUGGCCUGGCAGGGCCAGGUGCAGGGGAUGGGACAGGAGGAGGGUAGACGUGGGGGCAGACUACACCCUUCUGAUGGAGACAAGCGGCCGGGCCUGCAGAAGGCGCCAUCAGAGGACGGAAGGAGGAGUCGCCCCUCUGAGACAGCAUGGAAGCCCACCCUCCCCCGGCACGCGUCCGCAGAGGAGGGAAGGGCCCGUAGAGAAUCAGAUAGCCAUUUUGUUCCUGACCCAGAUUCGCUGCGGGAUACUCUCCGAGAGUCACUGCCCCCCAAACAGUCCGUUAUGCCCCCCAAGUGGCUGAUGAGCUCCACCCCCGAGCCCGGCAGCGAACCGAACCCUGCAACCACAUAUUCUUCCUCCUCCUCUUCUUCCUCUGCAGUUGCAAAGCCUGCCCGAACUGUCUCCUCUGCAGGCGCCAACACCCAAUCUUCAGCAAUAGUGUCCCUUGCGCCAUCCUCCACCCCCCAGGCGACCAAGCAGCCACCCCUCCCCCUGCCCAAGCCCGUCAACAGGGGCGUUAAUGCUGCCAUGUUGGCCUCCACUCUACAGGGGGGUGUGAACCAGAAUGACUCCCAACUGCCCCUCUACUGGUCCUGCUGGAAACGCGAGGGCGACUAUGACGUCUACCUGUCCCUCCCGGUCUACCUGUGUCGGCGGGACGGCAGAGGCCUGCGGUCAGGCAACCUCACCCAGGCCGGUAGCAGCCUUGUGCCAACUAAGCCCUCUCCACCGAUGCCCCCCAAGAGGACCACCCCUGUCACAAAGCGCAACCCGGAGGACCCCUCUGCAUCCACCCAGUCGGUCCCCACCCCCUCCCCCUCACUGCUUUCUCCUGAGGACCAUCAUAACCACUCAGUCGGCUUCCAGAUGCCUCCCCCGUCCCCGCCCUUACCCAACUACAUCCCCCCUUCUCCCCCCCGCCAGCAUCUGCACACACACUACCUCCACCACCAGCACUCCUACCAACAUCCCAUCCCCCAGCCCUUGCUCUUUGACCCCCCCAGUCCCACCAGUGAGCCCCCCCAGCGUCCGGCCCCCGUCCCCCUGCACAUCAUGAUCCAGAGGGCCCUGUCCAGCCCCGGCCAGGCCCAGCCACAUCCCGACGGCUCCCAGCGUUCAGCUCACUCCCUGCUCUUUGAGACGCCGCUCGAGUACCAGGGGGACCGCGGCCGGCCCCUAGCCGUCAGCAUCCAGCCUCUGAAACUGGCUGAGGAUGACUACUCUGAGGAGGAGGAGGAUGAUGAUGAAGAGGAGGAGUACGAUGGGGAGCUUCCCCAGCCAGAGCUGGAGCCUCGGAGCAGGAGGUGCAUGGUGGGAGAUCCCAGCAUCAAUGUCAUCCCCGAGGGGCCCAACAGCAGUGAGGAGGAGGAGGAGGAGGAAGAAGAGCAGGACCUGCAAAGGGAAGACAGCGACUCGGACGGGCCAGUGUUCUAUAAAGAUGAAAAUUCAGACGAGGAUGAGGAAGAUGAGCCUCCACCCAGUGCUUUGGCCAGCAGGGUCAGAAGGAAAGACACGUUAGCUUUGAAACUGAGUAACCGACACGCCCCAGAGAAACAUGCUCGAGAGGACAAGUCCAGCAGUCACACCGAACGACGCACUCCGGGACACACACCAGGUCACACACACCAAGGGUCAACAGGGCUGACAUGGCAGAGCAGGGAGCAAUGGGAGGCCAUACGCACACAAAUAGGCUCUGCUCUCACAAGGCGUCUCAGCCAGAGACCCAGUGCAGAGGAGCUGGAGCAGAGAAACAUCCUUCAACCCAAGAACCAGGUAGACAGGCAGGCGGAGGUCCGAGAGAUCAAACGUAGACUCACCAGGAAGCUGAGUGAGAGGCCCACGGUUGCUGAGCUACAGGCCAGAAAGAUCCUGCGCUUCCACGAGUAUGUGGAGGUCACCACAGCCAAUGAUUAUGACCGGCGAGCAGACAAGCCCUGGACUAAGCUAACACCCGCCGACAAGGCUGCCAUUAGGAAGGAGCUCAAUGACUUUAAGAGCUCUGAAAUGGAGGUUCAUGAAGACAGUAGGAUCUAUACAAGGUUCCACCGGCCUUAGCAUCCACCCCAUACUGGAAAACACUUACUUAACCAGUGGCCGGCAGAGUCUCUGGAGAGGAGUCGCGGGGUCUCGGUGCCCCCUAAACAGACUUCCCUUUUAUGUUGCUGAAUGUACUGUACAGAUCAUCAAGGAAGGCCCUGGAAUUGACUGAACGGAAAACAGGGGGACUGAGGACCAGAUGCAGUAUUUCUAUCAGACAAUAGGGGGUACCAAGUGCCAACAAAGUGAAGAGGUGGCAGAGGGGCUUGACCGAGAGGGCUGACUGGGAGCCACUCUGCCGAUGUGUGUUAUCCUUUAGGGUUCCACUGACAACGACCUUUUGCCACCUCUUUCGAUGUUGCCUUUUUUCUGAUUUUACUCUGUAUGGCACAGUUAACCCAUGUUGCAGAGAUGUAAAUGUAAUAACAUUACAGUAAUAAUAGUCCUAAUAAUGACAGCUACAAUAAUAAACACAUUAAUAAUAAAUGUUAGAGACAAAGCUGCAGAAAAAGAAUGAGGAGGAAGACGACUGUGGGAUUUGCCAUUCUCCUAACUGGAAAAGCUCUGGGAUUUUUGUGCACUUCUGUAUAGAUGUAUGUGAUUUCUUAGACUGAAACUUGAGAGUUCUAAUAAUGACAACUGUAAUGCAUAAUAUUUUGAUCACAUCAGAAAUUACUGCUUUUAUUUGAACCUGUUUCAUAGUGUGCAUUUUUACAUUUUAAUCAUUUAGCAGACACUCAUCCAGAGUGACUUACAGGAGCAAUUAGGGUUAAGUGCCUUGCUCAAGGGCACAGCGGCAGAUUUGUCACCUAGUCCGCUUGGCGAUUUGAUCAGCGAACUUUCGGUUACUGGCCCAACGUUCUUAACAGCUAGCCUGCCUUGCCUGUAUUUAUAUUUGGCUGUGACGCGGGGUCAGCAUUUGAGCUUUAACUAGUCAUAGGAAAGAAAACAAUGAGGAGGUAGUUGAUGUGCUAUUCUUUUUUUGAUUUGUUUCGUCAUUUUUUUUGCCAGACUCUGAUCCCCAUGCUGACAGUAGAAUGCUGUUUUCAUAUCACAGAUUUUUUCAUUUCGCUGCAUGAGCCAACACACAGUGCAAUUAUUGAAUCAACACUUUUUUUUUAUUUACGCUUUUUUAUUUGUGUUUUUUGUACUUCUCUACAUAGGUCAAACCAUGCAAUGCUGCAAAUAAUAGCUGUUUUAAAAUGCUAAGAUUAUGAUGAUGGCAUCUUAAAUAAAACAAAAGUUUAAAUGUUAUAUUCUGUAAAGAUUUGUAUCAAAGUGCAGUUGGCAUAGAUCAGGAUUUGAUGAAAAAAUCACAAUUAGUGGAUUUUACGGUUGACAGGGAAUCAUUUCGGCAGGAAAAUACUUUUUUAUCUGGAGAAAUGUUACAUGCGUUGUAUUCUGGCCAGUAGAUUACAGAGUCCUUUAAUGUACAGAUGCAUUUAGGUUACUGUUGUGUAUAUAUCGUUCUUCCUUAUUAUUUGAAAAUAAAUGUUAACUAUAAUAGUAUUAUAGGUUGCUAUUUUUCUAAGCACAAAGUAUUACUGUAUGCUUAAACACUACAACAAUGGGAAUCUUUAAGUGUUCAGUUUAACUUAGUUUUUUUACGAAAUGUGGAAUUUUAGUAACUGCCUGUAAAUAGUCACCUAUAAUUAAAAACCUGAAAUCAC